CCCGCACAAAGGUGGCAGAUAUAUAUCUACUCUCUAGAGAUCUGCUAUGCUCGUGAUGGUUACUAUGACAGGCCAUCUCGACCACAUUACAGCUGAUAGCAGAAAAAGAUCCGUGGAGAGCCAUGCGUGCCAUUGCAGUCCAGUCGUGGGACACCAGCCCCGAAUUCACCUCGAACUACCCCGACCCAACGACCUCCGAUCCCGAAAAGGUCACUCUCAAAGUACUAGCCGCCGGUCUCCAUCAGCUCGUCCGCUCUCAAGCUGCAGGACAGCACUAUAGCACCAAAGGCGCCCAACUGCCGUACAUCCCGGGCGCUGAUGGCGUGGGCACCACGCCUGAAGGCGAGACCGUGUAUUUCAGCAGCAUAGCCUCUGGUGGCGCAUUUGCAGAAUAUGUAACGGUUCCCAAGUCCGCAAUUGUCCCCAUCCCUACUGGAGCCGACCCUGUGCAUAUUGCAGGCCUGCUCAAUCCGGGCAUGAGUUCGUGGAUGGCCCUUGCCACGCGUGUCGACCCUCUCCCACAGAAUUGGACCGUUGUCAUCGUUGGCGUGGCCGCUCUCUCCGGUAAAGUUGCCGCCCAAUUCGUUCGCGGUCUCGGCGCCGGCAAGGUCAUUGGCGUGGCGCGCAAUGCCAAAGAAAUGGCAGCCCUGAACCUGGAUCAGACAGUCGUACUUGCGGACAACCCUGCUGAGACUGACUUCUCCUCCCUGGGCGAUGUCGAUGUCAUUCUAGACUAUCUUUACGGUCCGGCCAUUGUUGGACUGGUCAAUGCUCUCAACUCCAAGGUUCCGACACAAUACGUCCAGAUUGGGACUGUUGCAGGCCCGGACAUUGCUCUGCCAGGUGCUGUGCUGCGGUCCAAGAAUAUUACCGUGCGUGGUGCUGGACCUGGAUCGUGGACAUUGCAACGGUUUGGCAAAGAGUUGCCGGCUCUCUUGGCUGCGGUGGCCAGGCUACCUGAUAUGGCGUUGAAGGUUCAGAAGCUCGAAGAGGUGCAUGAAGCGUGGGUGGCGAAGAAGGAAAGAACUGUCUUUGUGCCAUGACUGGCAGCUGGCUCAGAAUGGUAUUGCUGGGCAAGGAUGUAGAGAAAGUGUUACACCUCAACAUGAUCAACGAGAAUACCUCAGCCUUUCAGGUGCCGACGUCAAUCUCUAUCCAGAUGCAUUUCACCGUGGUCGUUCGAAAAAGGCCCAUCUGGUCUUCUGUCCGGAUACUGACGUCUUGUAACCUUGUAUGAAGUGCGACUUCGUCCACUUUCAAGUUUUGGACUCGUGUACGGUGUCGUAGAACGUCAUGAUCUCCAGAUUUUGUGUCUCUUCCACCAGGGGUUUCUGGCCCGCGCCAGCCGAGAUUCCAUUUGCCCGUCUCGCCAGUGGGAUCACUUUCGGCUUCAGUGACGGCACUGUCACGUUUCAGCCAGAGCUUCUUCUUCGGCCGC